AUGCUGCUUUGCAGACGCAGCAGUUUGUGUGCACGAGGUGCAGCUCCGGAACUGCACUGGGAGCUGGCAGCCGCUCUGCGGCCAAGGGGUUGCAUAAGGGCGUUUGUGGUGGUGGUCGCGGCCACGGCAGAGAAGCCAAGGAAGAGUUGCCCGCUCGAGGGGGGCGCGGAGAAGAGGUGCGCGCUCGAGGGGGGCACGAGGCUGGCAGCGAGCGCGGAGGCAGGCGAGAACACGGAGGCUCAGAGCUCCGACGUCCCAGGGCUGAGGCGCCCAGCAAGGCUGGCACCGCCCGCGAAGGACGUGGCCUCGUGGAGCGCUGUGCGAAGUGCACGCGACCGCUGGACGAUGAGGCCUUGGAUUUGCAGCAGGGGACGUGCACUCCGUGCACUACUGGGCAGAGAGGGGAACGCGGCGGCACGGCUUCUUUUCGUGGCGCUAGGCCAGAAGAUGAUUGCUGGGGCUGGUCCUCACAGCAAUGGCGCGGCGGCUGGGAGUCGGAGGCCGGCUCUUGGAGUUGGAGGUCUUGGUCGUGGGAUGCAGAUGACAGAUGGAGAAGAUGAGUGUCACACAAGGUACAGCGAUUUUUUCAAUCACAUGAUCAGAGUGGUUGUCAUGCCGACGUCUAGUUUGAGGGAUUAG